UGGCAACGCUGUUCCCCACGAUCUAGCGGUCUUCAGGCUGGCCACUCCCCUCACCCUCAACUCUCUGGUUCAACCAAUCAAUCUCCCGGACAUAUACGAAAUAUUCGAGGGCAACGCAAUCCUGUCAGGAUGGGGAUCCACUAGUGGCACUGAGGUAGCCAACAUGCCCCUUACCCUCCAAUUUGUUGAGGUACCCAUCAUCCUUCCUGAAACGUGCAAGCAAGCUUUGGAUGCCAUACUAGGAGGCACGCCAAAUCCACUGGACUUGGAAGCCAACAUUUGUACAGGACCAUUGACAGGAGGAGUCGGUAUUUGUUCUGGAGAUUCUGGCGGUCCACUGGCUGACGCCCAAGGACAAAAACUAAUUGGUAUCGCGACAUGGACAGCCAAUCCAUGCGGUAGACCAGGAGCGCCUUCUGUCUACAACAGAGUUAGCCAGUACAUCAGCUGGAUCACAAGUUCUAUCUCUGUCUAAGUACGUUCAAUUCAUUUAUUACCUAUUUAGUUUGCGAAAUAAAGUAUUAGUUCGCUA